AAUUCAUUUCAGCUCAUUCCAGCUCAAAUUCUAACAAAAGAAUCCGACGCUUCUAAAAUCCACAAUACAACAACAAGAUAGCAGUAUGAGUCAAAAAACCAUCCGUUUUGAGAGUAAAAUUAAUGAUGAGGAUAAGUGGCGCCUAAUCGAAAAGGCGGCGAUAUUACAGAAAACGCCCAAUAAAGACAUCGCAGGCAAGCUUGAUAACAAUAAGCUCUUAAACAAGAUCGAGGCUAACACUACAACUACGAAUCUGACAUACGAUGGUCGGGAAGAAGAAGCCAGCGAGGAUUCUGAACAGGACUACAUCCUUGAGGGCAUCCUCUUUUCCAUCACCUCUGUUUGUCUCUUUAUUGUCAUGGAUUUCCUUGUCCACCGGCAGUUAGACGAGGAGUAUACAACGGAGAUGAUUAUUCAAAAAAUCCUAAGAAUUUUUCCAGCAAUCCUCGUCAUGGUUUAUUUUUCCAAUAGGAAAAAGGGGAACCAAAUGGUUCAGGCGAUCAUGUUCUUAGCCGCAACCAUAUGUGGUUGCUAUUUUUUGAAAACAACACUUGUUGCCAAAUCUCCCACACUUGGGAUCAUGAGACGCGCACCUGGUGUCAUCACCGCUCUUGUUUACUGCAUCGUUCAGCUGAACCUAAUCAAUAGCAUCAUCAGUCU